AUGCAAGCCGAGGAGUUGAGACGGACCAUCGCCCGCAUCCCCCCAGUGACUCGCUUCUUCACCAUCUGCAGCGUGUUGGUGUGUGGCCUCGUCGGGCUCAACAUGCUCGAGCCGUCGUUAAUCAUGUGUCUGAUGUACCACUUUGAGCUCCCUUUCCAACACAUCAUCCUGGCGUGGAAGUACGGGAAGAGCUGGACGGCGGUGGGCUACGCCGUGGUCAAGUUCUUGCUCCAGGGCUAUCGCUGCUUCACCGCGUUCAUGCUCCCCGCCGGCGUGAUCAACCAGAGCGCCGUGCUGACGGUGCUGGACUUGUACUUCUUCUACAACUUUGCCACCCAUGUCGAGAGCGCCCAGGGCAAGUUCAAGGGCAACUUCCCCGACUGCUUGUGGUUCACGUUGCUUCUGGGCACCAUCAUUGUCCUCACGUCGUUUUCCCUCGAAACGAUGUACACGUUCUUGCCGAUGCACCACGUGAUGAUGUUUUCGUGCAUCACCUACAUCUGGCUGAGAUGGGCCAAGAACAGCACCGUCAACUUCUUCGGGCUCGUCCCCAUCAAGGCGUACUACAUGCCGUGGUUCGAAGUUUUCUUCCGCAUGCUUGGGGGCAAGCUGGCGGUGCUCAACUCGCUCAUCGGCAUCUUUGGCGGCUACAUCUACCUCUGCAUCCAACUGCAAACGAUGCCGUUAUACAACCUCUUGCCCCUGAGCUACGGCCAACGGUCUCAAGCGGCCGCCCAACGCGUCGGGUCGACGUCGGGCGAGCUCUUCCCCACCAUCAGCGACUCCAUCUACGAUAAGGGUUACCUCAAGGCGCCCCGCUUCUUGUACAAAUGGCUCAACUACCCUAUGGGAGGCAGCGUUCGCCGCACCGCAUUCUACCAGCCGCCCGCCACCCGCAGAGGGUACGAGCCGGCCAAACCGCGCACGGAGCUGUACACGUCGUAUUCUCUGGGCUUCCAAGGCAAGGGCCACCGCUUGGGAGGUGACUAA